AUGAAGACAAUUUUUGUAACAUGUGGUGCUACGGUUCCAUUUCCUGAUCUAAUAAACUCUGUCCUCAGUAGUGAAUUUAUUAAAUGUGCUGUGGAAAAUGGGUUUACACGAAUAAUAUCACAAAUUGGUAAUGGUUAUACGGAUGUUUUAGCUGAACAAGUGACAAAAUUAAAUACAGUGGGCGAUUAUAUGUGUCACAUUACAGCAGAGGAGUUAGGUUGUAAAUCUAUAGCUUGUUCAUUUAAACUCGAAUCGAACGGUUUACAAUUUAUUGCUAUUGAAUAUUCUUCCAAAAUUGAAGAAUUAAUUUCAAAGAAUGCAGACCUAGUGAUAUCUCAUGCCGGUACUGGUUCCAUUUUAGACUCACUAAGGCUAAGCAAACCUUUGAUUGUUUGUGUUAACGAUAACUUAAUGGACAACCAUCAGCAACAAAUUGCGGAUAAAUUUGAAAGUUUAGGAUAUAUUAUUUCAUGUAGAGCUACACCCUCAUCCCUCAUAAAUGGCCUUGUCUCCAUACAGGGUACAACCCUUAAGCAAUUUCCAGGAUCACGUAAUAUUACAUUUGAAUAUAAACUAGUCGAAACAUCAUAUUCUCUUUGA